AUUUUUUAUUUUGAUGUCUGGCUUCAAUUUCUCACACACCCAAUUCCACACUUCAUUUCUUUUACUUCUUUUCAACUUUGGCUCCCUCUCCCUCUCUCUCUCUCUUUCUCCAUCUUCUACCUAUCUGUAUCUGAGGCUGAUCAACCAUGGAGAGCUUCGCGCUGCACUCUCUCUCCUCCGCAACCUCCUUUUCUCCCUCUUCCUCUCGCAAUUCUCUUCUCUUCAGAUCAAAAAACAUCUCCAGGUCCCCACCCUCUAUCCUUCUUCCUCCUCGUACUCUCCGCUCCUUUCGCUCUCUCCCCUCCUCCUCCUCCUCCUCCUCCUCCUCUAAACCCGUAUCUUCUUUUUCCCUCUUCUCUUUCUCUAAACCCCAUUUUACAGUACAAGCCUCCUCCUCUCCGACGCCUCAAUCCGACCCAUCCCCGCCUAUGAAUUCUCCUCCUCAAGGAGCCAAAUUAUGGCCUCUCUUGGUAUCCGUAUCUAUAGGCCUCGCUUUUCGUUUCUUUGUCCCCAAACCCGCGGCUAUAAACCCGCAGGCCUGGCAAUUACUCGCCAUCUUUCUCUCUACCAUCGCGGGUCUUGUCUUGAGCCCUUUGCCCGUAGGUGCCUGGGCUUUUAUCGGCCUCACAACCUCCGUUGUUACUAAAACUUUACCAUUUUCAGCUGCAUUUGGGGCUUUUACCAAUGAGGUUAUUUGGUUGAUUGUUAUUUCUUUCUUUUUCGCUCGUGGGUUCGUCAAGACUGGACUUGGGGAUAGGAUUGCUACUUAUUUCGUGAAAUGGUUGGGGAAGAGCACUCUGGGUUUGUCGUACGGGUUGACUCUCAGCGAGGCAUUGAUUGCACCCGCCAUGCCUAGCACAACUGCUAGAGCUGGUGGGGUUUUCUUGCCCAUCAUCAAGUCCUUGUCUCUCUCUGGGGGGAGUAGGCCUGGAGAUUCCAGUUCUAGGAAGCUUGGCUCUUAUCUUGUUCAGUCACAGUUUCAGUCUGCUGGCAACUCCAGUGCUCUUUUCCUGACUGCUGCAGCUCAAAAUAUGUUGUGCCUCAAAUUAGCUGAGGAGCUUGGAGUGAUAAUUUCAAACCCUUGGGUUUCUUGGUUCAAGGCUGCUAGUUUACCAGCAUUUGCUUCUCUUCUAGCAACUCCACUCAUCCUAUAUAAGCUUUAUCCUCCUGAAAUAAAAGACACACCAGAUGCCCCUGCCAUGGCCACAAAGAAGCUGGAGACUAUGGGUCCUGUUACAAAAGAUGAAUGGAUCAUGGUUGGUACUAUGCUUCUGGCUGUUUCUUUGUGGGUCUGUGGAGAUGCCCUUGGUAUUCCAAGUGUUGUAGCCGCAAUGAUUGGUUUGUCAAUACUCCUUUUGUUGGGAGUACUUGAUUGGGACGAUUGCUUGAGUGAAAAAUCAGCAUGGGAUACUCUAGCUUGGUUUGCAGUUUUGGUGGGCAUGGCUGGGCAGUUGACAAACCUUGGUAUUGUAACCUGGAUGUCAGAUAGUGUGGCUGUAACCCUCCGGUCUCUAGCAUUGAGCUGGCCUGCUGCAUUUGGUGUUCUUCAGGCCUCGUAUUUCUGUGUCCACUACCUAUUUGCCAGUCAAACUGGUCAUGUUGGAGCCUUAUACUCCGCGUUCCUUGCAAUGCACAUUGCAGCUGGGGUACCCGGUGUUUUGUCAGCACUUGCUUUAGCUUAUAAUACAAAUCUUUUUGGUGCCAUAACUCAUUACAGCAGUGGUCAGGCUGCUGUAUACUACGGUGCUGGUUAUGUCGACCUACCUGACGUAUUCAAGAUCGGCUUUGUAAUGGCCCUGAUCAACGUGAUCAUUUGGGCAACUGUUGGAGGUUUAUGGUGGAAAUUUUUGGGUCUCUAUUGAUUUUCAGUCAACCUUGCAAGAGUUGACUGUUAAAUAUGUCCUGUUUCAAGGAAUAGUUGAGCUUAACAAGUACUUUGAAGAAAGUUUACAAUUUUUGGCACCUUUUUGUUCAUUUCUCUUCAACAUUUUAUUAGUUUUAUGCUACUUGAAUAUGACGCAUCAGAUGUUGAGGAAGAAGAGGAUGUUGAUCGGAGGAGAAACUGUCAGAAGGGAGAGAGAACGGACUAAA